ACGCCACACUCUCUGUCUCUCUCAGAAAACCUAAUUCUCCGAAACGAUGCCGCCGAAGUUUGAUCCCUCACAGGUCGUCGACGUCUACGUCCGGGUCACCGGCGGGGAGGUUGGAGCGGCGAGUUCACUCGCUCCCAAAAUCGGCCCACUGGGUCUCUCUCCAAAGAAGAUCGGAGAAGACAUCGCCAAAGAGACAGCCAAGGACUGGAAGGGCCUCCGAGUCACUGUGAAGCUCACCGUUCAGAAUCGGCAGGCCAAGGUCUCCGUCGUCCCCUCUGCCGCUGCUCUGGUCAUAAAAGCUCUCAAGGAGCCCGAGCGUGACCGCAAGAAGACCAAGAAUAUCAAACACAAUGGCAACAUCUCGCUUGAUGAUGUGAUAGAGAUCGCGAAGAUCAUGAGUCCGAGAUCGAUGGCUAAGGAUCUGAGUGGCACCGUGAAGGAGAUUCUCGGCACUUGCGUGUCCGUAGGAUGCACGGUGGAUGGGAAGGAUCCCAAGGAUUUGCAGCAGGAGAUUGCCGACGGCGACGUUGAGAUCCCUCUGGACUGAGAGCCAGCACUCGAAUUAAGGCCACAAAUUUGUGGCAUCGGAUGCAUGUGUCUGGGCCAAAGACGUAGUUGUGGCAGAUUGGUUUUUCAUUCCACUGGACUUUGCAAGUGAUGUAAGAGUAACCAAGUUGAGGAUUCUGAUUCAAACCCUAGCAUCUUACUUCUUACUGUCAACUUUCAAAUUUCAAGGAUGCUAAGUUUUACACCAUGGCAUUUUCCCUAUUGAGAUUUGGUCAUAAUAUUCUGAUGUAUUUGCAUAACAAAUCAGGAUGUUCUACAAAUAAAUGCUAAAGAAACCGAGUCUGUGCAUUAACUCUGACACUGGUCAAUUCCAAAACCAUGGGUGUAACAUAAGUUAUGAGUUUUAGUGAAUUUUUGGUUGUGAUAA